AUGGGAGAUCGUGAAACACUUAAAAGUGUUAUUGCAAAAGGAAUUAUUUUAAGAGAAAAACUUAUUAAAGAACCAACAAUAGAGAUGUGCGAUGAAUUAUUGAAUAUUGCAAUUGAAGCAAAAACUAUUGGAUUACAACUAAAACAUCAACAUGGAAUUUUGUUAGGAGAAGAAUUGUCUAUAAGAGCAACAUAUGAAAAAAUGGUACUUGAAGAAGAUUCUGAUAAAGCAGAUAGUGUAUAUGAACGAAUUGUACGUGCGAUAAAACAAGCAGAAUAUCUUGGUGAUCAAGAUCUCAUAUUAAGAUUAUACCAAACACGUGCUGAUUAUUACUCAUUGAUCGGAGAUAUUAUUAUGGAGAUUGAUACUGUAGAACGAGCUAAUUUAAUUCUUAAAGAUCAUAAUAGGUCAUUACGUUUGAUUAAAUUAUAUGGAGAAUUUAUUACAAUGCUUAAUAGUAUUGUUCCUAAAAAAAAUGAAGAAAAAAUGAUUGCGGAUAAAACUAUGGAAGCAAAUUAUAAAUGUAUGUGUGAAUUACAAAUGUUAAGAAAUGAAAAAGGAUUUGAUUAUGAGGGUUAUAUUAAAAAAAAUCAUUCAUUAGCAUUUAGAGUUUAUGUAUAUUGUGGAGUGAUGUUAUCUAAUCCUUUUGUUUAUGAAAUGGAUUCAAAAGAACAAAAAAUUGCACGUGACGCAUUUGAAUUAGCUAUAGAAGUAGCUGGAUUAAUUGGAAAUACUGAAUACCUUUGUGCUGCUUGGGGACAAAAAGUGGGUUCGUAUUAUGGUCGUGGAACAGCUCAAGAAAAACAAGAAUGGCUUGAUAAAUUAUUAUUCCUAAAAGAUAAGUAUAAACCAAAAGAACAUUGGAUUGAUGAAACAUUAGCAGAUAUAGAAAAUGCGGCUCAUAUCAAAUUAAGAAAUUCAGAUUUAGGAGUAGAGGAACCUUUAAACGAUCAAUAA